CUGUGUGUGUCUGCGUGAGCCAGAGACUGGGUGUAUGGGGGGUGGCAUGGGUAGGUGUACGUUGGGGGUGUUUCGGCAGACGCUCUCCUAUCUCACGCCGGAUCAUUCCACCUUUUUCCCCAUUUCAAUGUGCAGAGAGCAGUUUGUAAAGAACUCGUUCCAAGCUCCUCCCUAUUUUGCUGCUGGCCCAGUAGCUCCUCCCAUUUCCAUCAGGCUGCCAUUUUUAAUCCAGCGUUCUAGGACCGCGUCCGCUCUCCCUGUCUUGACGCGGUGCGAGAAUAAGCGAGACAAAGCAAGACGGGAGGGUGUCUCUGUGUCCACAUCGGCAUGAUGGCAGAUGCCGAGAACAAGCCUUGCCCCGACCGUACGCCCUGCCCCCACGCCUUCCCAUGUACGCUAGAACCACCCCCGAACUCGUUCCUUGGCCCCGCACACACACAUUCGCCCCCCCGUCACCCACAUACUUCUCCCUCUCUCUGUUCCAGGGGACUCAUGGGGAAUCUCCUGAAAGUGCUGGCUUGCACCGACCUUGAGCAUGGCACAAUAGUUUUCCUUGACUUUGAACACGCCCAGCCCACGGAGGCGGAAACAGCUGUGUGGAACCAGGUGAGCGCUGUGCUUGAGGAGGCUCAUGGGAUUCUGGCAGAACUGCAGUCCUACAAUGGAGCAGGCCAGGAGAUACGAGAGGCCAUUCAGAACCCAAGCGACCUACAACUGCAGGAGAAAGCCUGGAACGCAGUCUGCCCCCUGGUGGCCAAGCUGAAACGCUUCUACGAGUUCUCCCUCAGGCUCGAGAAUGCACUGCGCAGCCUGCUGGAGGCGUUGACGAGCCCACCCUACGCCCCCAUGCAGCACCUGGAACGAGAGCAGGCGCUAGCUAAGCAGUUUGCCGAGAUACUGCACUUCACACUCAGCUUCGACGAGCUCAAGAUGACCAACCCAGCCAUUCAGAAUGACUUCAGCUAUUACAGGAGGACCAUCAGCAGGAACCGGUUAAACAAUCAGCAGCUGGAUGCCGAGAAUGAGGUGAACAACGAGAUGGCCAAUCGGAUGUCUCUGUUCUACGCAGAGGCCACACCCAUGCUGAAGACCCUCAGCAACGCCACUACCAAGUUUGUGUCUGAGAACAAAACGUUGCCAAUCGAGGACACGACAGACUGCCUGAGCACCAUGGCCUGCGUGUGCCGAGUCAUGCUGGAGACCCCGGAGUACCGAUGCCGCUUCACGAACACGGACACCAUGCUCUUUUGCAUGCGGGUUAUGGUUGGUGUCAUCAUCCUCUACGAUCACGUCCACCCUGUAGGUGCUUUUGCCAAGACCUCCAAGAUUGACAUGAAAGGCUGCAUCAAGGUGCUAAAAGAGCAGGACUCCAACAGUGUGGAGGGGCUGCUGAACGCACUGAGGUACACGACGCGGCAUCUAAAUGACGACAGCACCUCCAAACAAAUUCGAGCUAUGCUCCAAUGAGAGAAGAGUGAAGUGGGGAUGAGGGGAGAGAGAAGUUGAAAGAAGAGACUGUAAAAGAAACAAAACAAGGGUGGUAGGAAGUCUUGGGGGACCCAAACUUGAUAGUUUACAUGAACGAAAUGCAAAAUCAUUUCACUGUCAAUAACUUGGAAGGAAGAAAAUGAAAAAAUAUAUAUAUAUAUUAUUGUCAAUUGCUCAUCUUCAUGUCUCUCAUUUUGUAAAAAAAAAAGAAGAGGAGAAAAUAGAGAUAUAUAUUAAACUAAAAAAGUGAACGCAUAAAAAUACAAUGUAUGAAAUUAAUAGGACAAAAGAAGAGAAAAUAUAUAAAAUUUUAAGGCUAAAAAGGGAAAGAAAAAGGUCCAUAUUCCAAUGAAAGCUUGAAGAGUAUUUUUUCAGUCAUUAAUAGGACAAUGCCAGCACUCUGGUUUCACUGUAGAGGAAAAGGCUGGAAAUUAAGUGUACAGUAAACUCUAUGUAUACUUGGAUUUUGACUCCAUUUGAUUUUACAUCAUUGCCUCAUAUUACCCAUAAUCCUAUCCAACUCAUGGUAGAUCUUCUAGCCACCAAGGUUUUAUAUUUCGCUGACUUGGCACAAAUGACAAACUCACACAAUGCUUCUUCCUUUUCAACUGAGUUUUGACAUUGAAGCUAAGUAGAUAGUCCACUGUACCAGAUGGGAUAUUUUACAAAACAGAGCCAACAAGAGAAAAGUAUUCAGGAGACUAGAGUAUCACAACUGAUCCAGUGGACUCCUAUACUCUGCAGUUUCAAAGCACACUCUAAACUAGCGAAACAAUGCUGUGUAAAAAUUGAAUACCACUGAAUGUUUGGGUUUAUCCCCCAUUCUGAUGUGCUAAACAUGUUUACUGCUGUAAUGCUAUCUUGUUCGCCUUCACCAAGAAACAAACUUGACCUAAAACUUAAAUAUGUCAAUGGCAUCCACAUAUCACCCUGCACCUUAUAUGUUCAAACUGGUGCUACUGUAUUUGAGGGGAAACAUAUCAACUUGAGAUUCCCUGAGCAGGGUGAGGCUUUUGCUAAAAGUUGGACAUCCAUACCAGUCACCAAUCAUUUCACCAAAACAUCAAUCCUGACUGGAGUGCAUUACCAUUAAAUGAACGUAUUACAUAACUGACAACUGCAAACAAAGCUAUUACAUCUCAUUAAGUUUGUCUGCAGACAUGCUGAGCGGACGUGUGUUGUGUAGCUCACACUCUGUUACUGUCAUGGCUCUUGGCAUGUAUGUGGAAACAAUUCAUGCAAAACACCCUUCUCAAAAGUACGACAGCAACCUUGAACCCAGCUACAUUUUGUUUGCAAAUUGAAUUAGCAACUAUGCGACCUGCUAGAAUCCAUUUCCAGCAAUGCAAGACCCACUUGUCACAGCACAGUGUUCAGUCAUUAUAUCACAAUUUUUUUAAAAAUUACAAAUCAUUAAGUCCAUUCAUUCACAACUCAUUGACGCAUUUAAAAUCAACUGUAUUUGAAAAGCAACACUACGAGGAGAAGUAGCUUAGCCAUCAUCCAGUCCGAAGAUGUAGACUUGGAGUGGGACCCAGGUGAAUCGUGGUCCGCCAGAGACCCCACCCCCUUUCCCAGGCAUGAACGAAUGCUGGAUUGGCUACAAAAGUUGUGUGCUCAUGAUCCACUAGAGAAUCCUUCUUUUAGUAUGAGGCAAACAAAAAAGAAAUUAAAUAAAUGGGAAUUUUAAAAACAAACAAAUAAUGAAGUCAAAGGAGAUAGAAGCAUUGCUGUACUGUGGAUGUCCAUAGCCCUUAGAAAGUCUAACUUAAUUUGAUCUUAUAUAUUUUCAAUACAGGUAUAUGUGUACAUGCAUAUGCUGUAUAAAUAUAUAGAUGGCAUGUUGUAAAAGUUCUGAUGUGUAAAUAGUGUUUUUAUUCACUUUUAUUGUUCAGUGAAUCUGGAUUGGGUAUGUGUUGUCUCUCCCAUUCGUUUUGGCUUGGACCUUUGGACUUGCCGUAGUCAUAGGCUUUUGAAU